AUGUCCCAAGCGGCCUUUGCCAACUCGACCGCACCUCCCUACGAAAAGGAGAAGAAACACCGAAAGUUAGGCCGUCUCCUCGGAAAGCGGGAGAAGACCCCGGAGCCACAGCCAGAUGUCGGCCCUGACUCGGCGUAUGCGUCAAGCGGUGCCAAUAGUGCAGAUGGUGUUCAGGGAGGAAUAACUCCCGAAGGAGAAAGAAACCAGAAUGAGAUAAUAUCUGCGGAGAAGGAUAGCGAGAUAGCCAACAUCGACCAGGGCAGGAAUCUCGCAUUGAAGCCCUCGACUGGGGAGGUCUUCGAUGAAGAUACCGGGGAAGUGGUCACUGUAGUGACUACGACUACGACUACCACGACCACCACCACAACAAGAGGCGGAAAGAAGCAUCAAGAUGUGCAAAAGGAUGUCAAACGCGAAGUACAACCCGGUCCGGGCCAGCAACCUCAACUGCUGGAAAUGCCCGCAGGAUCCACAACCCCAGAACCCUCUAAUCAACCACCCAUGACAUCUACCAGCAUGGCCCAAAACGGAAGGCCACCUGUGAUGACAAGUGGAGGAUUGCUUGCGGCUGACUCGCCUCCCAUACCGGCCAAAAGUGCCAUGAGGAGAUCCGGUGACUUCUCACGGGAUGCAUACCCUGCAGACAAUGGCCCCGUGAGCCCCGUUGAUCCUCCUUAUGCAAGACGCAACAGCGGAGAAAUACCCGCCAGCCCCUCAAGGCACAACUUCAGCUACCCUACUCGGUCAUCCCUAAAAACGGCUGAUCAGCCAAUGAAACAUAAUCAAAGCACAAUCAACGAUUUGCGGGCAGCGGCUAAGGGACUUCACGGCGUUGGCGAAACUCUUCGAGGCACUUUUAGCUCGACAAUCGACCGCCGCUUCCCAUCCAAAAAUCCCGAAAAUGCCGCCCGAAUCAACGCCCGUAACGAUGAAAUUCUCCAACGAGGUCGCGCCGAAAUGGAAGGCGUCCCUGGCGGCUGGCCGACUCAUGAAGCUGACGGGUUUCAACCCGGAUAUGUACACCACGAACCCAUUCCAGCAACCGAGCCCGAGAUGGCGCCGCCAGUAACGGGACGAGAGCGUUCCCCAGGAGAGAAGCCCGCAAGUCUGAGAAAGCUAUUCAAGCGAAAACCGGUCGCCGAACAAGGUAUGGCAAGUUAA